ACAUCAACAGGUUGUACGAGGUAUUCGUCAUUUGAUCAAAGGUCAAGGGCUUGCAAAAUCACAACAAAAAUGGCGAAAACAGUUUGACGACAAAGAAAAGAGUGGACUUUGUAACUUGUUAAUAUGGCAGAACUUUUAGCUGUCCAGCUACACAUUCCAAUUCACCCAGAUGUAUCAACAUCUAGAUCUAAAUAUCAAAAGUCAGCGUCAGGAGGCAGUACUCCGUCAAAUAACUCCAGUCGAUUCGAACAGUUCGCGCACCUGCCAAGUCGACGAGCUGUUGACAUUGAAUAUAAAGAUCUGACUUACAGAAUCAGAGAAGGGCGACAUAAAGGUGUAAAAGACAUUUUAAAAUGUAUAUCAGGAAAAUUUCAGUCAGGACAACUAACAGCUAUAAUGGGUCCAUCUGGAGCUGGGAAAUCAUCUUUAAUGAAUAUUUUGGCAGGAUAUAGGACAAAAAAUAUUACUGGACAUAUUUUGGUGAACGGUAGAGACCGUGAUUUGAGAUCCUUCAGGAAGAUAUCAUGUUAUAUCAUGCAAGAUGACCACUUACUGCCACACCUGACAGUGGAUGAAUCCAUGAUGUGUUCUGCAAACCUUAAAUUGACAGAGAAAAUGUCAAAUAAAGAAAAGCAUGCACUGGUUGAUGAUAUACUGUAUUCACUAGGAUUAUCAGAUCAUAAGAAGACGAGGACAAUCAACCUGUCAGGUGGUCAGAGAAAACGUCUGUCUAUUGCUCUGGAGUUGGUCAACAAUCCACCAAUCAUGUUCUUUGAUGAACCAACAAGUGGACUUGACAGCUCAUCUUGUUUCCAGUGUGUUUCUUUGUUGAAAGCUUUAGCUGCUGGUGGGAGAACAAUUAUAUGUACCAUACAUCAGCCAAGUGCCAAAUUGUUUGAGAUGUUUGAUUUGCUUUAUCUGUUGGCUGAAGGAAGCUGUGUUUACAAGGGAUCUAUUUCAUCAUUGGUCCCUUAUUUUGAGUCCCAUGGAAUGUCUUGCCCAGCUUAUCACAAUCCUGCAGAUUUUGUGAUGGAAGUAGCCUCUGGUGAAUAUGGAGAAGAUAAAGUAGACACAUUAAUACAAGCUGUCAGGAAUGGACAGUGUGACAAUCUAGUUGCUGAUCUGGUGAAAAAGCCUGCUAAUGGUAGUCUGACAACCGUCGCACCUUACCAGCUGUCAGGAUCUAAUGGUCAACUGCCUCCAAUACAGGAUGAUCAUGUCCAUAUUAAUUGUUCAGAGAAAGGUGUGGUCAAUGGACAUCCCAUGACUAAUGGAUCUAAUGGUAGUGUUAUGAUUGAUCCAUUUGAGCAGUACCAGAAUGACCAGAAUAGCUUUGCUACCAGUAGCUUUACACAAUUCCACAUACUAUUUGUCCGUACAUUUAAAUCCAUAAUGAGAGAUGCAACGUUAACGAGAUUAAGAUUAAUUUCUCACUUAACUGUCGGAAUCCUGAUUGGUCUGUUGUAUCUGGGGAUAGGCAAUGAGGCAACCAAAGUGAUAAACAAUACCAGCUUCCUCUUCUUUUGUAUACUGUUCCUGAUGUUUACAGCACUUAUGCCAACAGUCAUGACAUUUCCAUUAGAAAUGGCAGUUUUUGUGAGGGAACAUUUAAAUUAUUGGUACAGUGUAAAAGCCUACUAUCUGGCUAAAACAUUUGCUGACAUGCCAUUCCAGAUAAUUUUUCCAUUGAUAUAUGGCAGUAUAGUAUAUUGGAUGACAUCACAACCAGAUAACUUUAUGCGAUUUGUCAUGUUUAUGACACUAGCAGUACAGACCUCACUUGUGGCUCAGUCUUUGGGACUCAUUAUUGGGGCAGCUACAUCACUGCAGGUAGCAGUAUAUUUGGGACCAGUAACAGCUAUUCCUGUUUUGUUAUUCAGUGGAUUUUUUGUUAAUUUCCAGACAAUGCCUGUUUAUCUACAAUGGUUAUCAUAUAUAUCUUAUUUAAGAUACUCAUUUGAAGGUAUACUUCAUGCUAUAUAUGGAUUUGAUCGUGAGAAUUUAGACUGUUCUGAGGACCAUAUAUUGAAAUGUCAGUUCAAUAAACCAAAAGACAUCCUGGAACAAUGGGAUGUGGAAAAUGUAUUCUUUGUGGAUUUCAUUGUUCUAUGUACAUUUUUUGUUUUAUUGAGAGUUGGCUGUUAUUUUGUACUGAGAUGGAGAGUUAAGUCAGAGAGAUAAACAUCGAUGGAAUAUUAUUAUAAGAUGACAGGGCAAAUCUAAGUCAAUAUUUAUAUAAAAUACUGGUAAUGUUUAUAUUGUCAAGUUUUAUUAGGAUUUAUACACACUUACCACUUGUAGACUUGAUAUUUAUAUAUACACAUAAACUUUGGUUUUAUAUAUACACAUACUUUUUCGUGUUUAUUGAAGAAAAAGAAUACCAUUCAUUUGUACUUGAUGUGUCUCAAGUUCUGAAAGUAUUAUAUCAAAGUUAAAUGAAGGUCUUGCUUAUAUUCACUGCAAAUAUAGUUAAAUUUUCAAUAAAUAAAUAAGCUAUUCACAAAAUUUACCAGCACAUCUAUUUUAAUAGAAAUAGAUAGUACUGUGUAAACAUUAAGAUAGUUUGUUUUAAGAAAAAUUAGGUACUCACUAAAUCAAUACAUACUGCAAAUUUCUUGUUGAUUUUUUUAUAAACUGAAUUCACAAAGAAUAUCAUGUAUUUCAUAUAAAAUUACAUGAAAAAAUAAAUACAUGUUUAGUUACAGUGAAACCACUUAACAGUCAGUGGACAAUUCAUUUUAUUUUAUUUUUGGUUGUAGAACAAAUAAAUGUCAUUUGUCAAUUUAUUGAAUGAAUGAUGAAGUCAGAAUAUAUUCAGCAAAAAAACUUGAACUAAUUAAAAUUCAUUUUAAAAUUAUAGUGAUUAUAUCUUCUUGUCCUUUCAUAUUUUUUGUAUUUUAAAUUUGAUUUGAUGUUCAUUAUGAUACAAAGUAACAUGUAUUUCAUAUUGUCCAUAACUUUUGGAAAUCAAACAUUAUUAUUGAGUUGGGCCAAUCUUAAUUGAAUUUGUGUGUACUGUUAGACAUACAUGUACAUUAUUUUUGAUGGUUAGUCAGUUAUUUUUUCAGUCACACACACAUUUGAAGAUAUGACCAAAUGUCAGAAAAGUUGUCAUUAAGCAUAGGUUAUUUAGAAAAACUUGCAGCUAUAAAACACAAGUUAUUUGAUUUCUCAUUUCUAUUUUUAUAUGAAUCAGGUUAUAGAAACAUGUUAACAGUUCUGUAUUGCAAAAUAUUUUGUUUUAUUAUAUGACUAUAAAUUUUCUGUUUCCUCAUUGGCCAAAAGCAUAGGAAAUCCUCUUUGAUAAAACAUUAUAUUCACCGCGGCAAAAAUCACGAGAGGUUAGUAUAAGAUUUGGAACAGCGUCCUUGUACCUAAAUAUAGAAACGGGGAAUUCUUGUUAGCUAUUUAAGGAAUGUAUAAAUAAAAUGGUUUUUAAUUAAACUACCGAAUAAAUAUCAACCAAUCAGCGCUCUUGACAUAAAAUCGUUUCGAUCUCACAGACGAUAGUUACAUGUUUCCGGCAACAAAGUAUGGCUGGAGCAGCAGAAGUAGCUACUGAAAAACGCUUUUCAUCGUUAAAUAAUGAGGAAAUUAAAAAGAUUUUGAUAGAAAAGGAUUCUAAAAAUACUUGCCGAUCAACAGAUUCUAGCGUGAGGACAUUUAAAUCUUAUUAACGAGAGAAAAAUCUACCUGAAGAUUUCGAGGAAUUUGCCAAACAAUGAAUUGGACAGUAUUUUGUUAGUUUUAAUUAUGCAGACUUAAAUAUGCCUAAAAAUCAAAUCCCAAGCAUAAAAUAAAAACAGUCUAGGCAAAAUACCAUCUAACCAAUGAUAUAUUUCACAAUCUAAAAAUAUUAAAAUGACACUGAGAACUAAAGAGUCAUAUAAUAAAGCAAUUGUUGACUUUUGAUAUCAGUUGAUACAAUGAUUUAUCAACCCCAGAGAUGUGAUAUUCACCUCGGCCGUUGGCCUUGGCGAAUAUCACAUCUCUGGGGUUGAUAAAUCAUUGUAUCAACCUCAUCAAAAGUCAAUAAUUGUAUAUUGUCACCAAAGAUGUAAAUUUGAAUCAAUGAAUAAUAAAUCAAACUUGGCAAUUCUGUACAAAAGAGCUGUUGAUAUAAAGGUAAUAAUAUAUUAUCCUCAACACUGCAAAAAUUAUAGAGAGCCAUAAUGCCAAUUGACAAUUUGCUAUGAAAUGUCUUAGAUGUUGUGUAAUAUAGAUUAGAAUAAAAUACUCAUUUGACUUCUGCAGACUUCAUUUGUAUUGAAAGGAUGCACGAUUUAUCAUUUUCUGGAGGCAAGUGUGACAUAAAUUUGGUUAUUUUCAUUUAUCAUGUUUAUAGAAAAGAAUAUUUUAAAAAUCUUUACAUCAUGAACUAUAAAUGUGUAUUUUCAAUGUUUAAACAAAAUAAGAUUUAAUAGUGUUUACCUGUAGAAUAUACAUAUUUUACAUUCAUUAUAUAAUUACAGAGUUAUCUCCACAAUGUAAAAGUUCUUGCAAUGGUGGUUAAAAAAACCAUAAUUUAUCACUUGUGACAAAUAUGAAAUAUAUUUUUACUCUACAGUUUAUCUGAAGUGUUUUGCCCAUUCAGAUUUCUGGCAUGUUUGUCCAUGUGGUAUUCAAUAUGCUUUCUCACAAGCUUAACCUUGUGAUCAGUUUCUGUACAUCAUAAUUCAAUACUGUUGAUUUGUCAAACAUUUAAAAAAAAAAAAAAAAUUACCAUUGAAAUAUUGAAAUUUGCUUUUUCACCAGAUUAAUAUAAAAUUUGAUGUUAAUUGGUGAUGUGAUAUAAUUACUAUGAUUGAUAUUUUUUUUCUAUUUAAACCAACUUUCCUGUUUGAAUUUCAUGCAGUAUGUGAGAUUAUAUGGAGAUUAUAUGAUCCUGUCCACUCAGACAUGGUUUAUUGACAUGAAUUUUACACAGUUCACAUUUGAAGUUUAUUAUUAAGUCAGUUGAAGAGUUUUAGGUUAUUGAUUGUUGUAACUAACAAACACUGUCAAACUGGUUGUUUAGUUGUUAUUUUGUCAGUUUGUUCAUGAUUUGAUUGGUUAGAAAUAACAAAUUUCACUCUUUCAUUAACUAGUGAAAAAAGGUUUUAUUGUUUUCAUAGAUGAACAAGCAAGCUAAACUUCAUUUUUCUAGGUACCCAGUCAAGAGAUAUGCUGUAAAUGUUUUUAGUUGCAGUCUUAUACAUUACGUUGACCAUGACCAAUAUGUGAUAAUGAAUUGUUACCUUCUAUUAUUGAUAAGAGGUAUAUUGUUUUUGUUGUAAAUAUUUUUGUUGUUGUACAAGAUGGGUUUUUUUCAUCAUUAUAUAAAUAGAGAGUGGUGUGGGAAUUUGUUUUCAAAAAAAUAAUCAAUAUAAUAAAAUAUUUAAACAAAUUAAGACACUGAUUUUUGUCAAUAAGCUGGACUACACAUUUUCAUUUCACUCUGAAAUUGCAGUUUGUUGAAUGCAUUGUUUCUAAGCAUGCAUUACUCUAGAGUAAUGACGUUAAAAUGUCUACAACUUUAAAAAAAUCAUAUUAUUGUUUCUUCAUAUUUCUUUUUAAAAUAUUUUUAAUGAGGCCUUUAAUAAAUGUUAUAAAUUGUUUUAUUUUAACCUGUCCUGUACAUGGUAUCUACAAUACUAUAUGAAUCAUAUUUAGGAAAAAUUGGUUAACAAAGACAUUUGGUAAUGCAUUCUCCUGUAAUUUGUAUAUAUCUAAUUGACUUAAAAUACCCCACAUAUUACAGCCAGUUUCA